UCUUCCCUUGUCUCGCUCGCCUAACACUUACCCCACACACUCUCUCACGCCUCUCAUCAUCCCUUUUAUUAAUUUCUUUCUCUUCUCUCCAUGUUCUAGCUCUUAUCAUAGGCUCUCUCUGUACAGUUAAACCUUAAGUUUUUUUUUGUUUGAUCGGAAGAAGAAACGAUGAAUCAUCGGUGGGCGGCGAUUCAGGCGAACGCGCUCGCUGCGGGAGGAGGAGGAGAACAGAGUGUUGUAGUUUGCCCAAAACCACGUCGUAUUGGUCUCCCUAACUACGAACAUCCCUCUCGCUCUCUGCGAUGUUACUUCAGCCAGCAAGUUGAAUCCAAGGCAGAGAAGGAUAUCUUAGAUAUCAUCCUCACCAAGGAUGGUUAUGGUUCGGAACAAGUUCGUCAUACGCAGGUGUUAGACUCGCCGUCCCCGUUUUUAUGUGGGUCGCCGCCGAGCAGAGUCGCUAACCCAUUAACUCAGGAUGCUCGUUUCAGAGAUGAGAUCGAACUCGUGUCUUCUUCCCCGAUCACGGCUCCGCUGGGCCAACCUCCAUCGUCGCCUUCUUCCUCAGGGAGGAAAGGAGGAGGAUGUGUUAGAGGCAAUUUUGGUAACAGCCCAGCGGUUAGGAUCGAAGGGUUUGAUUGCCUUGACAGGGACCGUAGAAACUGCAGCAUCCCUGCCUUGGCUUAGAAACCAAACCAACCUCAAAAAAAAAAAAUCCACAUACUCUUAUUGAAUUAACUCACGGAUCCAGUUUAGUGCGUCGUACAUAAAUGGGUUUAAGGAUAUGGAGAGAUGUGUGGAUAUAAUUCUUUGAAGGAAGUGGAGAGCAUGAGAUCGAUCUUUUGGAGUUUGUCUGUUUUGUUUUUAAGAGUGUAAAUAGGUAACGGAGUAAAAGCAGUUUUAUGGGUUAAGUUUGUAGUAUUUGUGGUCAUUUUGUAAGUAACGUAUUAAAGCUAAAAAUGAGUCGGUGAUGAGAAGGGAAAAUAAUAUGUAAGGUCAGGUUUUCUUCUUGUGUAAAGAGAGAUGGAGAUAGAAAAAGGGCAUUUGGGUUUAUUUUAUUUUAGUUUUUUUCUCUGGCUACGAAGAUGAGAAAGAAAAAUUUGUACAAAAGGAAGAAAUCAAAUUAUAUAUAUUUUACUUUUUAAA